AUGAAAGGCGGAAGUGGACCAUGCUUAGAGUAUAGCAGUGGAUGGAUUAUAGGCAGAUACAAGCUGCGUGGAAUUCCAUGUCCAAAACACGAGAAAGUUGCAGCUGCACUCGAAAUCAUCGUUGCUGAGGUAUCAUUAGACAGCACGAUAACGAGGCCUUCAAGCGAGCCAACGGCACCCACAAAUGGUGCAGAUCACAAAUACGACGAGGAAAGACGGUAUCAACAACGACUUGACAGGAGAGACAAGGUUGAAGUCAUUAAGGAUGAGAAAGCGCAACGACAGCGUGAGGAGCUUGGAAAGCAACCUUUGCCAGAGUACUUUGUGUCUCCAAACAUUUCACCAUUGGGAUCUAAGCAGAUAGGACUGAAAAGGGAGUUUGAUUGA